UCCAGUCUCCCCCGAAUCCCCACCCCCGCACCCCCAAACCCUAGCCCUGCAUCGCCACCCCCGCCAUGUCCUCCCGCCUCAAGGACCGCGGCGGCGGCGGCGCUAAGGCCGCGGCCUCGCGCCCGCUCACCCCCAAGCCCUUCUCCAUCUCUUCGUCUGCCCGGCGCACGACCGCCGCCGCGGCCGGCAAGGAGAACUCCGCGUCCAAGCCGGCCAAGCCCACCUCCGCCGUGCGGUGGUCCACGUCGUCGCUCCCGCGGGCCAGCAGGAUCCAGAGCUCGGUGGAGUCCUCCAAGCUCGUCUCCACACUCAGGGCUCCCGUGCUGCCGGGGAGGGCUUCCAUCGGGAAGGACCCCGUGCCGGACGCGGGCUUGCGGCGAAGCGUGAGCGGUGGGAUCAGGUCUUCUUCCGUAGAGAAAGGGAGGAGGUCGGUAAGUGCUGUUGGAUCCAGGGCCUCGGAGGCUAGGAGAGGGAGUGGUGGUGUUGGAAGUGAUGAGAUUAGCAGGAGACGGGAGGGGGUUGAUGCGAAGUCCAAGGGGUUGGAUGGGAUCAGUAGGAGAAGGGACGACCUUGAUGCCAAGGCAAAACAAACUGGUGAGAUUGAUAGGAAAAGGGAUAGCUUUGAUGCAAAGGCCAAGCAGGUCAGCGGGAAAAGAGAUGGCUUUGGUGCGCAUGUGGUGAAGCAACGUGAUGAGAUAAAAGGAAAAACAGAGAUCUGUGGUGCUAAUAUGAAGAGGCAGAGUGAAGAGAUUGGUGGAAGAAGAGAGGGCUCUGAUUCAAAGGCAAAGGCAGGUGAAGAAAUCAGUGGGAGGAAAGAGGGGCUCAAUAUCAAAUUGGUAAAGGAGAUCCCUGGAGAAAAUGCUGAUUCAGGAGAAGCUUCUUCCAAUGCUGCAGAUUUUUCUGCUACCCAGAAGGAUGAUGAAGAAGGAAAUGGUUCUGUCAUCCCAGUGUUCACUGUCCAUGUGGUGGACCCAAUUGAUGUUCCUGGUGCAGCGAGGGAACAGCAAAAGAAUAAUGAGGAGUGUAAGAAGCAGGAAGAAAAGAGCAAAUUGGCAGACAAGAUUAGAGUUUUUGAGAAAGCUGCUGCAGGUGGGGAGGGAAGGUCAGCUAAACCUGUGUCUGCUGUUAACAAGUACCCAAGCAAACUUCAUGAGAAACUAGCAGCGCUAGAAGGAAGGGUUCAGAAGAUUGCUACUGAUAUCAAGAAAACCAAAGAAAUGCUUGAUGAGAACAACCCGGACGAGCCAAAGCAGAUCCUGUCAAAUAUUCAGAAGGAAAUCAAUGCCAUUGAGAAGGCGAUUUCUCAUGUCAAGGAUGAUAAUAAGAUACAGCUAGGUACUGCAGAUAGCAGUGAAUGUGAGAGUUCCCAUGCUGAAAGCGCUGCAAAAUGUACUGUUGCGAAGCCAGGUGGCCUGAAGCAUGCUGGAAAAGGGCUGAAUACUGAUGAACUGGAGGCAAGGUUUUUUCCACAUCACAAAUUGUUGAGGGAUCGUAAAUCUUCAACAUCUACUCACCAUGAUUCAUCUGCGGAUACAAAGAGGGUUAUUCCUGGAACAACAGGACCUGCUGCCCCUGACCCUGAUGAUGAUGAGAACUGUAUAGCCAUGGAGUUUCUUGCUUCUUUAGAUGGUGAAGAAAAUGACUUUUUCAAGGACCGCCGUGCUAAGAAAUUGGAAAAGAACAAGAUAUAUGAAGUAGCAGAUGCAACCAGCAAGACAUCGAGCCAAGGUAGCUCAAAGAAUCCAGUUGGUCCCAAUCACAAGGAGGAGAUUGAAUUGCUUGCUAAAGAGAAACUAGAAGAGUUUGAUGAGCAAGAAAACAAGCCCUCCAUGAUGGUUCAGGAGGAAACAGAGGAGUCUUGCAGUGAUCAGUUAUCAGGUAUAGGAAACAAGUCUUCUACGGGUGGAUGGUUUGUUUCGGAGGGGGAAGCUGUUCUUCUAGCUCAUGGUGAUGGCACAUGCUCCUAUUAUGAUAUUGCAAACCAUGAGUUCAAAUCUGAGUACAAGCCUCCCAGCAUGGUAUCGAAUAAUACGUGGGGCGAUUGCUGGUUGAUUCGCGCCCCAGGUGUAGAUGGAUGUUCUGGUAGAUAUGUGGUUGCUGCAUCUGCUGGCAAUGCAUUGGAGCCUGGGUUUUGCAGCUGGGAUUACUAUACCAGAGAAGUAAAAGCAUUUCAUAUUGAGGAGGAGGCUUCUCAUGAUCCUGCUCCACCACCCCGGGCUGUUCUUGGACCUCUCUCUAAUUUAGGUUCAUCAAGAUCUAGCUCUGCGUUGUCAAAUGGAGAAACACAACAAUGGUGGUAUAAACCUUGUGGACCUCUCCUGCUUUCUACUGCUAGCAAGCAAAGGAUGGUCACAGCUUACGAUAUCCGUGAUGGUGAUGUAGUGAUGAAAUGGGAAGUUAGCAGUCCAGUAAUGGGAAUGGAAUACUCGAGCCCGCUACAAUGGCGUAGCAGGGGAAAAGUAGUAAUUGCAGGGAUCGAGUCAAUAGGGUUGUGGGAUGUGAAUUCGCUUAACCCACAACCCUUGCUGUCUGUUGCUUCUUCUGGUAAGAAAGUGUACUGCCUUCAUGUGAAUAACACUGAUGCUGAGGUGGGCGGGGGAGUGCGUCAAAGGGUUAGUUCAUCUGAGGUGGAAGGAAAUGAUGGUGUUUUCAGUACGCAUGAAAGUGUUAAUGUAUUCGAUUUUCGUGUACCUGCUGGCAUUGGUCUUAAAAUAGCAAGACAUGGCGGUACGGCAAACUCAAUCUUCUCACGUGGAGAUUCAGUAUUUAUUGGUAGCACAGAAGGACGGCUGCAAAUAAAAGGUGGUUUGAGGUCACGAGUUCAGCAAUACUCUUUGAGAAAGGGGAAGCUUGUUGCAACCUAUGAGUUACCAGAAUUCAAUGCUCAUUUCCAUCAUUCUGCGAUAACUCAAGUAUGGGGCAACUCGAACCUUGUCUUGGCUGCUUGCGGUAUGGGGCUGUUUGCCUUUGACACAUUUAAGGAAGACAUACAGCCAACUUAUAGCUUUGACCGUGGAAACACCAUUGGAGUGAGAGAAGCUAUUGGCCCUGAUGAUUUGUACUGUCCUACAUUUGAUUACUCAUCAUCAAGGGUUCUUCUUGUCUCAAGAGACCGACCAGCGCAGUGGAGGUACUUGUCGUAGCUAUCUAUUUAUCGUUUAUUUGUGUGCAAUGUGUGUCAUGUAAUAUAUGUACUUUAUUUAAGGUUCACUUCUGGUGUCAUCUGCUGUGUCAAGCAUCUUGCUUUCACAGUUUCACUGUACUAGCAAUAUUAUCUUGUUUUCA